AUGUUGAUCAAAGGAAUAAAUUGCACACCUACGAAAGUCAAAGUAAGAACUGCCUUAGAUAUUGAGGGCAAUGCUCCAUUAGAGUCUGUUCAACUUGAUGGACUAGUCGUUCUCAAGAUCAUUAAACAUUGUCAUGAAUUUUUUCCAAAAGCCGUAACUGGGCAGCUUCUUGGUCUCGAUGUUGAUCGUGUACUGGAAGUAACAAAUAGUUUUCCAUUUCCUGAAGCAAAAACUGACGAUGAGCAUAAACUAGUCGAUGAAUUGCCAAUUGUAAUCAAAAAUUCACAUUUGGUUACUGCACUCUUAGAUUCUCUGGAUGAUUUUGAAAAUUUUAUACCAAAAACUUAUCCCAUCAGUAUAAACAAAGAAUCGGUUACUGAUCCUUUAACACCCGAUUUUGAAACACUAGAAUUAAGUCUGGAUUCCUUACAUGGAAAAAAUUUUGAAUUUUUGUUGAAAUCAAUCGAAGAUAAUAAUUACGAACAAAACAAUUUUGCCUUCUGGCAAAAAAAUGUCACAAAAGCGCAAUCUGCUUUACAAAAAAAAGAGUAA